UACAGAUGUUGCUUUGCACCUAGACAGAACAAUUCAGAAGAAAAAAGCGAAAAUGGCCGCUUUAAAUGGAAAUUGUUAUUCGAUUUCACACGGCAAUGUUGAUAAACCCUUUCUGUUGUUUUCAAAUAAUUACUCGACUAGUAUAAGAAUCCCCCAAAAGAAUACCAAAUCUUCUUCACUCUCAAUUUUGUUUUCUCCCUCACUUUGUCUCUGUCGUAGAAGUGAUAAAACCAGAGUUACUACUGCAUUUGCAUCAAUGGCAACCACUACUUCGAAUGUUCAGGUGGAGGAGCUGCCGCCUGCGCUUGAUUCUACAUCAGAACCACCUUCUGUUUUUGAUGGAACAACAAGGUUGUACAUUUCUUACAUGUGCCCUUAUGCUCAGCGUGUAUGGAUUACAAGGAAUUGUAAGGGAUUGCAAGAAAAGAUCAAAUUGGUACCGAUUGAUCUACCAAAUAGGCCUGAUUGGUACAAGGAAAAAGUGUAUCCUGCAAAUAAGGUACCUGCGCUUGAACAUAAUAAUGAAGUGAUAGGGGAAAGUCUUGAUUUGAUCAAGUAUCUCGAUACUAACUUUGAAGGACCUGCACUUUUCCCAAACGACCCUGCCAAGAGAGAGUUCGCUGAGGAAUUACUAUCCUACACAAGCGAAUUUAGUAGUGGUGUGGUUGGCUCAAUCAAGGGAGACAAAGACGUUGGUGCUCCUUUUGAUUAUCUAGAGGCAGCGCUCUCCAAAUUUCCCGACGGGCCUUUCUUCCUCGGUGAAUUCAGUCUGGUGGAUAUAGCUUAUGCUCCAUUUGUUGAAAGGUAUCAGCCGUUAGUGUUGGAUGUUAAGAAGUAUGAUUUCACGUCAGGAAGGCCGAAGCUUGCAUCAUGGAUUGAGGAGUUGAACAAAAUCGAUGGUUACAGACAAACUAAACGUGAUCCUGCAGAGCUAGUUGCAAGCUUAAAGAAGCGGAUCUUGGGAAUUUGAAGACUACUCAGUGCUUGAAAUCACCCUUCAUCAAGUCUUGCACUUCAAUAUGUGUUGUUCAGUCAUAAAAUGAAAGUUAAGUGUUUUGUUGCAAGUUCUGGUUGAUAUACUCCAGCUACAUAAAUGCAUAUGUAUUUUAUGUUUCGGUUUUUGUUCUUUGAAGUCAUAAAUCCUUCUCGUUUUCGUAGCA